AUGAAUCUAGCCACGGGAGACGUGAUGUAUGAUGCAAACGCUUUUGGAAAAAUAUUGGCAGCAGCAGUAGCAGCAGCAGCAGCUGAUGAUGAUAAUGAUGAUGAUGAUGAUGAUGAUGAUGAUGAUGAUGAUGAUGAUGAUGACGAUGAUGAUAAUGAUGAUGAUGAUGAUGAUGAUGAUGAUGAUGAUGAUGAUGAUGAUGAUGGUGAUGAUGUAACUGGGUGA